AUGGCUGUCACAAGAAACUCCAAUAGAAGAAACACCUCUUCAACCUCUUCAACCUCUUCAACCUCUUCAACAACUAGAGUAACCAAAACCAGAAAACCAGCCAGAAAAACCAAGGCUAAUCCUCGUGUUACAGCAAUUGAAAACAAUAUUUCUGCAUCACAUGCUGCAUCAACAUCUGAAAACACACCAAACUCAACCACUUCAGAAGAAAAUUUUUCAACAAAUGGUGUUCAACAAGCUGCAUUAUCUGCACAAAAUGAAAAUUUUUCUAGUUCAACUGAAACGGACCAUGAGACAAAUGGGUCAAAUCAAAAUCGCACUUUUUUCCCACCACCUGGAUUACCUCAACCAAAUUCAGCACCAUUGUUUCCUCCAGGUUUAUCAGCACCUUCAUCACUUCCACCGGGUUUAUCUAAUAAUACACAACAUGGAACCAAUAGCACAACUUCAAACACUAAUGCUGCUACUAAUGUCCUCAAUUCAAUGGAUCCACAAACACUUGCUCAACUAUUACAGUUACUUCAAACUGUUCAACAACCUCUGCAACAACAAAAUCAUGUAUCUGAUCAAGUGCAAUUUAAUGAUAUAAUGAUGAAUUUUGAACAAACAACCAUCAAUAACAUGAAAAUAAUGUUCAAUUUACCAGCAUUUGAAGAAUUUAAAUUAAAAGAUGAUAAAGUGAAUGAUUCACCCAUCAACAUCAUUACAACAUUGAAAGAUAAAUGUUUCAAACAAAUUCCAAAUGGGUUUUCUCAAGCGUGGUACUAUUGUCUUGUGAAUAAAUUGCCAACAUCAGACACAGAGUGGUUAAACUUACCAAAUCCAUUCUAUACACCACUGGACAUCAACACCAUUACAAAAUUAUAUCCAGCUGCAUAUGAAAUUAUCAACAAGCAUCUCAUUACCACCUUAUCAUCAACCUUGAAUUUUCAAUAUUUAUACAACAAGUUAGGAAGAGACACACAUCCUUCCAAAGCACAAGAAUAUUUGGAACUAGUUGCAACAGUUCAUGUACCAAAUGUUAUACAUCCAAUUUACAACUCUGCAGUGAAAUUGACCAACAAUUUUGAAAUUCCAAAUGACUUCCUAAGUUUUCUCAAAAGUAGAGAAAAAUCCAUUGAAGAAUUCAAAACCAAACACCAAAACAAUCUGGUUGCUGCCUUGGAAACAGUGAUCACUUUAAUGCUGUUUAAUCAGGAAAGAAAAUUCUUCCCUGAAAGUGACAAAUUUAUUUUGAAAUUCAUUAAAAGCAUAUUUCAUGAGAAAGGAGAAAUCACAUAUGGACUGUUGUUGGAGAAAUUUUUGCAUGAAGGGAAAGAAAAUGUGUUGAAUGUCAACAGAAACAAUGACAUGGUAAAGAUCAAUACAGUACAAGUGGAUUUUGAAACACCUGUUAGCUAUGAUAAAAGUCAGAACAAAUCACGUCAAUGGAGUUCAAAGUUUAGUGAUCAAAAACCAGCUUCAUCAACAACAAAACCAUUUACCAAUCCCAAGUUUGCAAAUUUGAUAAGAACUGAAGGUCCUGAAAGUGGAAAUUAUUUUAAGUAUUAUCACAGCAUACCAUCAGAUAUAGGCCACAGUUCAAUUGGGGAUAAAGAGCCAUAUUGUCAUCAUUGUGGUAUUAGACAUGAAAUAAAUCAACAUGUAUUUGAUUUAACUGGAAAAGUUUCAUCACUUGAAAAGUUUCAAAAGCAACUCACUCAACUCCUCAAGUAUAAACCUCAGGGACAUCAAGAAACAAUUGCUAAAACAUUAAAGCUCAUUAAUGAGAACAAAUAG